AUGUCUGAAGAUAAGAUCAAGGGAAUAUCUCUCCGCACAAAAGGGAAAACGCGCCUCACAAUAAGUGCGCCUAGGCAGAUAUCAGAACCACUACCAGUUGGUGCAGCUCUCAGGUCUGCCAACAAUCCUUCAUUCCAACCUUCGUCUCAGCGACUUCAAGUUGGUGGAAAAACGUCAGAUCUUGUAAAACGACGAUACUCAACACGAUUUAAUAACAUACCAGCAGAUUAUGACCCAACUCGUCCUCCUUUACCCUCUGUCCCACCGAUACCAGGUCGAUUCAGUCCUAAUGACCGUGGGCGAAAGUUGAAUGAUGAAUCAAGAGGAAGAUUAAAUAUCGAUGUCGCAGCAUUACGAGAUCCAAAUCUACGACCGGAUCAGUAUAUAUCGGGUCUGUUGGUUGAUGCUUCAGAGCAAGAUAUUGAUAGUUAUCAAAAUUCUUUACGAGACUUGAAAAAAAAAGCUGCUACUGAUCUACAGCAGAAUCUAUAUCAAAACAGAACACAGUUCAUUAAAAUUAGCAAGGAAGCAGAUAAACUGAAGGGAGAAAUGCGAGCACUCAAAAACUUGAUGUCUGAAUUGAAAACCAAUACAACUGCAUUAAGGGCUGCCACAGUUCACGCCUCUUACGGUGCUGAACUCGAUGGAUUUCCGACCCAAAUGAGCAAACGUAACAAGCGAAGCUCAGUAGCUGACAGAUCAGUACUGUGGAAUUCACAGUUACAAGCUGUAUGGAAGAUGAUCGAAGGCUCUCAGAAGUUUCUUCCCGCGAUUCCUGGACGUCAUCCAAUCCUCGACGCAGGGCUAUGGAUUGAACUUGACAAUGCGACCUGGAAACCACGGCGCAUGGUCCAAAUUGUCUUACUAAACGAUAAUCUACUUGUUGCCGCUAGAAAAAAGCGAAGAGUUGAAGGAAAUGGAUCAGACCAACGUCAAGCAGUAACUAAAAUUGUUGCAGAACGCUGUUGGCCUCUGCUAGAUAUUGAGAUAGUAGAUCUUGCUGGAACUGCUGAAGCCUCAGGCGGAGCAAAUAAACUAUCUGAUGCGAUAAUGAUUCGAGGCGUUGGAAGUGAAACAUAUACUUACCGAACAGAGAAAGCUGACGGUAUGGAGAAACAGUCUCUGGUUAUGAGCUUUAAAAAACAACUUGAGGAGCUGCGCAAGGGUCUUAGAUCAGAAAUGGAAACGACUAAUCGGGCCAAAGAAACAAUAAAUUACUUUGCGGCGAGAGAUCCUGGCUUGCUUAAAAAAACUGGGCUCCUUGAGACUCUUUCCGACAUUAAAGACACUCUGAUCGAAGUUGAUGGAAAGCAACAAAAUUUACGCUGGGUCGAGACUCAAGUUGAUGAGCUUGAUAUUAAUAUCGCACUCCAAAGGUUUGAUGCAGCUGUUCUCCAGGUUGAACAACUUACUACCUUGGCAAAAGGCCUAAAAAGCAAUACAAUUGUUCAAGAGUUUAUUAGUUAUAAAGCUAGCGAAAGAGCUACUAAGCUAGCAAGUCUUAUUACGAGUGAACUCCUCGAAACACAUAAUGAGCCAAAAAAGACAAAGUGUAACAUUGGCUGGUUGGCUCGCCUUGGAUUUGAGGAUCGCGCCAGAGAAGUAUAUCUUGAGGCUCGUGGCAACAUUAUCCAUCAACGAUCUAGGCAGUGUAUCUUUGAAGGUAAUCUCUUUCAGUAUAUCUGGGAAAUAUCAUUUAUCUAUUUCACAAUUAUCCGUAAUACUGUUUCCACUUAUCAGGCAUGCUUUCCAUCGCCUCUCAUGAGUGCAUGUGUUAAGUGGGCAAAGGAACAAGUUGAAAGUUUUAACCUGAUGCUAGAGAGACAGUUGAGUAAUACUGAGCGGAACGGACCUGUAUGGACUGAAUGUAUGGGACAAGCAAAGCAACAUGCUAAUAUGUUAUCUGAAGUCGGAUUAGAUAUAAAAGGACUAAUCUCACGAAAAACUGAUCAUAGUUCUGGGAUAUCUGAAUUCUUCCUAGCAUCAUAG